AUGUUGGCAAGGUCCUGCUUGCGCUCGGCGCGCACUUUCACAAAUGGCGCUGUCACGAUUUCAAAGCGUGCCGCCUCUACUUCCAGCGGCGCUGGUGCCGAAGCUUCCUCUAGAUUGAACCUCGCCGCCGUCACGUCGACGUCUCUCGCCUUGGGCUCCAUGGCCUGGUACUACCACCUCUACGGACCUUCCGCCAACGCUGCCGCACCGGCUGAGGAGGGUCUUCACCCUACCAACUACCCCUGGGUUCACGAGCAAUGGUUCAAGACCUUUGAUCACCAGGCUCUCCGCCGUGGUUUCCAGGUCUACCGCGAGGUUUGCGCCUCUUGCCACUCUCUCAGCCGUGUCCCCUACCGAACUCUCGUCGGUACCGUCUUGACCGUCGACGAGGCCAAGGCCAUGGCCGAGGAGAACGAGUACCCCGGUGAGCCCAACGAGCAGGGUGACAUCGAGAUGCGCCCCGGCAAGCUCUCCGACUACAUGCCCGACCCCUACAAGAACGAGGAGGCUGCCCGUUUCGCCAACAACGGUGCCCUUCCCCCCGACCUGAGCUUGAUCGUCAAGGCCCGCCACGGUGGCUGCAACUACAUCUUCAGCUUGUUGACCGGUUACCCCGAGGAGCCCCCUGCGGGCGCCGUCGUCGCUCCCGGCAUGAACUUCAACCCCUACUUCCCCGGUACCGGUAUCGCCAUGGCCCGUGUCCUUUACGAGGACCUCGUCGAGUACGAGGACGGCACUCCCGCUUCCACCUCGCAGAUGGCCAAGGACGUUGUCGAGUUCCUCAACUGGGCUGCUGAGCCCGAGAUGGACGACCGCAAGCGCAUGGGUAUGAAGGUUCUCGUUGUUUCGGCCUCUCUCUGGGCCCUCAGCGUCUGGGUUAAGAAGUACAAGUGGGCCUGGCUCAAGUCGAGAAAGCUCGCGUACGACCCUCCCAAGGACACCAAGGUUCGCCACUAA